AGCAGCAGCAGCAGCAGCAGGAGGAGCCGCCGCCGCCGCCGCACCGGGAGGAGGAGGAGGAGGAGGAGGAAUCGCAGCCCCCGCAUCCCGCCUCCCGCAUCGCGCCGCCCGGAUCGAGCCCCUCAGCGGCGGGGGCGGCGGGUCCCAGCCCGGGAGAGGAGCCCGCCCCGCCAGCCGGACGCCCCGCGCCUCGCCGCUUCCCUCUCCCGCGCCCUCCCGACGGGGGACCAUGAUUUGGAAACGGAGCGCCGUCCUCCGCUUCUACAGUCUCUGCGGGCUCCUGCUACAAGCGGCUGCUUCAAAGAGCAAAAUUAAAGGAAGCCAAGGACAGUUCCCACUCACGCAGAAUGUUACAGUAGUUGAAGGGGGAACAGCAAAUUUGACUUGCAGGGUUGAUCAAAAUGAUAACACCUCCCUCCAGUGGUCAAAUCCAGCUCAACAGACUCUGUACUUCGAUGACAAGAAAGCUUUGAGGGACAAUAGGAUUGAGCUGGUUCGAGCAUCAUGGCAUGAACUGAGCAUCAGCGUCAGUGAUGUGUCUCUGUCAGAUGAAGGACAAUAUACCUGUUCUUUAUUUACUAUGCCUGUCAAAACCUCCAAGGCUUUCCUCACUGUCCUGGGUGUUCCUGAGAAGCCACAGAUUAGUGGGUUUACAUCCCCUGUUAUGGAGGGAGAGAUGAUGCAGUUAACAUGCAAAACCUCUGGUAGCAAACCUGCAGCUGAUAUCAGAUGGUUCAAGAAUGAGAAAGAGAUUAAAGAUGUUAAAUAUUUAAAAGAAGAGGAUGCAAAUCGCAAGACAUUCACUGUCAGCAGCACGCUAGAUUUCCAAGUGGAUCGAAAUGAUGAUGGGGUAAAAGUAAUUUGCAGAGUAGAACAUGAAUCCCUAAACUCCACACCUCAGGUAGCAAUGCAGGUCCUAGAAAUACACUAUACACCUUCAGUUAAGAUUACACCUUCAAUUCCGAUACCACACGAAGGACAGUCUAUAAUUUUGACUUGCGAAUCCAAAGGGAAACCACUGCCUGAACCAGUUUUGUGGACAAAGGAUGGAGGCGAACUACCAGACCCAGACCGAAUGGUUGUGAAUGGUAGGGAUCUAAACAUUAUUUUCCUAAACAAAACGGAUAAUGGUACCUAUCGGUGUGAAGCAACAAACUCUAUCGGCCAAAGCAGCGCAGAGUAUGUCUUGAUUGUGCAUGAUGUUCCCAACACUUUGCAUCCUACCACUACCAUCCCCUCCCUUACCACUGCAACAGUCACAACCACUGUAGCCAUAACAAGCAGCACAACCACAUCUGCAACAACCAUCAGCCUAAGAGAUCCCAAUUCUAUGCCUGGACAGACUGGCCCUGACCAUGCUCUUAUAGGAGGAAUAGUGGCUGUAGUUGUGUUUGUCACACUGUGCUCUAUAUUUCUGCUUGGUCGAUAUCUGGCAAGACAUAAAGGAACAUACUUAACAAACGAAGCUAAAGGAGCUGAAGACGCCCCGGAUGCCGAUACGGCCAUUAUCAAUGCGGAAGGCAGCCAAGUCAACGCAGAGGAAAAAAAGGAAUAUUUCAUUUAGUGCAGACCUAGAUUCUGAGUUUUACUUAUGGGGCUGACUGCUGGAGAAAACUGGCUAUCAUCUUUCUGAAUUUGUUCCUUCCAUCUUCUGCUACCUUUAUUAACUUGCAUUCUGCACUGCUAUCAGUAGCCAGUUUAUACCACCAAUCAGCUGUUGACAGCACCAUUCUUUAAUAACCCUAUCAUUCAUAAUGCAGGAAAUUUCUUAUUGCCUAAUAUCACACCCAUCGCUCUCUUAACAUACAGUGCUUGAAUAUACAGCCUUAACAAUGUUAAUCAUCACCUUGAACCAUGGUAUGGAAUUGUUUUUGACAUUUUAAAACGUUAUGCAGGUUUUUCUUUUCUUUUCCUCGUUUCUUCCUGUUGUCACAGCCCUUAUCAGUGUGUCACUGGACAGUUUUCAUAACACACACCCUUAGGUGAAGGCCUAAUAUGCUUAUGUUAAAAUCUUGUUUAGAGGUUUACAAAGAAUAUUUUAUACAUUUCUCUAAUUCAAAAACAACUUUGUUUUUGAAACACAUUCCCUAGGAAGUACAAACUAGAUACACUACAGUAUAAUUUUUAGAAUGCUUGGACUCAGUGGUAAAGCUGUAUCAAUUUGCUGUUUACAAAAUGGUACUUGAUACCGGAGUCAUGUGUUUGGGUUGUAAUCACAUCAUGCUGUGUACUAUACAGAUUCUGCAGUUAGACUCUUAUAGCAUCAUUUCAAAAUAAAUUUGACCAACCCUUUUACUGCUUUGGGAAAAAUAACAAAGAUUAGAUCUGUUUCUGUAAUUUCUGUUUUUAUAAUUUAUUUGCUUCAUAUGGACUCACAUGCCUACGCAAAUUUGAAAUACUCACAGGGCACAAUUUCAGACAUUUUAGUAUCUGUAUAUAGUGCAUAUAAUAAAUCCAAUUAAACAUUAUUUGAUACAUAUUUAACUUUUUUGACUGUAUGUAAGUCAGUCAAAAGUAAGCAUUUUCUAAUGUCCAUUAUAUCCCUUUAGAUAUGACUUAAACCAGUAUUAUAAGUAGAUAACAUGUAUUAGUAUUUUUGUCUGUAUGUCCUAGCACUGUUCCGCAACAGAUUUUUCUAGUUCUUGUUAAUUUUUAUUUGUUAUACAAUGGAAGCACAAUGUUAUAAGGAAAGGUAAUUUUAAACUAACAACCAGUGCACAGCCUCAGGUUUUAAAUUACAACCACAUUUGAUUAUAUCCUAAAAAAAAGCAUUUAGUUUCCUUUAAAAAAAAAAUUCAAUUUUCUUUUUAAAUUUGGCAGUUCUAGGGCUGCUUACCUUUGUUGGUUUGCCAAAAAAAACAAAAAAAACCCCAUUAAGAUAUAUGUUUUGUGUAUAAAUGGACUAAUUCUUUAUAUUAAAUUACUGUCUAUGCAUUUUGUGAGGUAUAGUGAAUAAUAGAGAAUUUCUGCCAUGCUUUUAGCUCCACGGUGAAAGUCUCUCUCUCUGGAUUAUUUCUGAAAUUUUUGUGUAAUUAACAGGUGAUAAAUAGCAUACUCUUAAACCUGACAACAAAUAUAUUAGCCUAAUGGCUGCUUCUCUCUUCCGGUUAAAGUAAAUACUGCUAUACCAGGUCUCGGUAUUUAUUCCAUGUUAGAGGAAUGAAGACCAGUAUUGAUUACAAUUGAUCUCCCUUUCCCAUACGUUGCACCUUUGGAAAAACAACUGUAUAUGGUAGCGAUACUUGUGGAUUUGAAAGCAUGAUGACCUAUGGUAAAAAAUAAUCUCUUGGGAUUUAUUUUUGGGGUAGGGGAAUGUUUGAGAACAUCAUGUAUUAUUAUGAAAUGAAGGACAAGGGUGCUGUAUCUUAGAUUAUUUAUCAGAAAAGUGUAAAACUUUUAAGGACAAUGUUAGAAUUUUAAAAUUGUUUUUGUUUAAACAUUUAUCUUGUUAAUUUCUUAAAAAAAAAAGAAAAAAGGACGAUGUCAGUCAAGCAGCACUUUUUCAAAAUAUACAGAACAUAAAUAAUAUGAUGUGGUUGAGUGUUAACAUAAUAAAUCAUAUACAGUAUGACAUUUUAAAGAAAUAAGUCUGCAUUGAUGUGAUUGCAUGAUUGUUUUUACAAUUCACUCCAUACAUAUGUGGAAAAAAUGCAAUAAUAUGUUAAAAUAUAGUAUGGUAGUUUGAGAGAUCCUGGUAGGUGCUACUAGACACAUUGAAACUAGUAUAGGUUUACAAAUGAUUCAUGACAUUCAAGGCAGUCUUUAGAAAGAUCCACAAACCAAAUGUGUUCAAACAGAAAGGUUCUUGUUGUGACAAGAUGUUGCAUAAACUGCAUCCAAUACUAUUUUAAGUCCAACUUCAAGAUACAUUAUACAAAAUUGAUAUUCUUGUCAAUGCCAGGUUUACAUUUCUGUUCUUUCCCUCCAAACUCCACUUGCCUCAAACAAGAGAAUUCUUGCUCCAGCAAUUCAAGCUUAAUUUAUAUUGAUAUAAUGUUAGAAAUAAACAAAACUUGGGGCAGUGUUGAGAUUUUGUCUUUUUUGACCCUCACCCAUAAAAUAAUGUAAAUAAGUAUUGAAACUUCGUUAAAAUCAGACAUUGCAAUCAGUUUGGAGGUGUAUAGUUAAAUGUUUCACCAGUUAGCUUUUGACUCGCAAAGAAUAAUGUAAAUUCUUGAAGUUACAUCAUAAACAAAAUUUUUUUAAAAAACCCACAAAAAUGGCCAUGUCCUGAUACAAAAGGUUUCCUUGCACAGUCUACUCAUUUUUGUACAAAAUAAAAUUAGAUAAAUGGGUAAAAUGGAAGCUCCAGCUGGGAACCAUGUUAAUCAGAAUGUUGGUAAACUCAGUACUACUUUAAACAGUGGGCCAAGGGACAGGGAUUGGGGGUGUGCACAUAUCCAAAGGUAGAAUAUGGCAUGAUGUGAUUUGCUCAAGGGUAGGUAGCUAAUCUCUGCCAGUGUACUGUUUACAGUGUCCAUUAACUGUGCUCAUUAUUUGAAGUUUUAAAUGUCACAUUCUUUUAUAUUUUCCCCCAUGUACUUGUUUCCUUGAAAAAUAUGAGCUUUUUGGGGGGAUUUUUUUUUUUUUUGGUUUUUGCUUUUGGUUGGGUGAAGGGGAGGGGUUGAGGGAGGGGGUCUCUUCUAGCUAAUCAUUUUCUGUCAUCAGAAAGUCCAAGAAGCAGUUUAAGGAACCUUAUACUCAAAUUAAGGUUUAGGAUUUAAUCUACAAAACAAAUACUUUCAUGUUGCUUCAAGAUGGAAAAUCCUGCACUAAGACUCCAAUAUAUUUAAGACUAUGGGAAGAAAACUAACUUUUCUAAAUAUGACAAGGAAGUUAACACCUCAUGUAUUAUCAUUUUUAUGUAAAAAUAUAAAAUCUCUCAAUUGAAAGAAAGGACAGGCUCAUCUGUAAUUAUGUAAUCAUGAUUGUAAUAGCAUUGAGGUUCCAUGUAUGCACAUGUACAGUAGCUAUUCAGCAGUUACAGUGUAGUUACAUGUACUUCCAUGUAACAUAGCAGUUAUAGUGUAAUUUAGUGCCACUUAUUGUAAAGUGUUACCAAAAGGAAAAUGGAAUGCUUACCUAUAGUAAUUCAUUCACAACAAGGGUAAGUGUAUUAAAUAAACACCUUGAACCAGACAUUAUUUUUCUUCAUUAAACAGGCCAUGUAAGACAUCUUCGCACUCCAGCUUUCCCUUCACAUCACAUCUUAUUUAGACUCUUCCAAAUCAAGGUCCAAUGACAUCACUUUUUGCAAAUGGUAAUCCGUGAUGAAUAUACCAAAAAUUCAGCAACCUCAGCUGAAGUCAGUAAAACACAAAUUGCUAGUGAGUAAUGCUUUUUAUUAAGUGGCACAAAGUACACACUAAAAACUAUGCAAAAAUAUAGGUAACUACAGUGUACUUACAUGUAAGUAUCUUGUACUUGCUGUGUAUGGAUGUUGGAAACCCAUGUAAUUAUAAUAUGCAUUUUGAUUAUCCUGAAAGAGGAAACCUUCAGUGAUUGUGAGAAUUUAUUUGAAGUACACACAUGCAGUAUUUACCCUUAGUGCAAUAUAUUUAAUUCUAUUUGCUGGGAUAUUUAAUAUAGAUUGUUCAAUCUCUUUCUUCCUGCCCUACAAGGUCCACUAAAACACUGUUAUAUUAAAUUAAGGCAUUUAAUCUGUUGAUCUCCACUGCCAGCACAUUGCAGCUUUGACAGUGCUGAUAAAUAAUGUGCUUCAGUCUCAAAAACACAAACGUUCUAGCUUCCCUUCUUAUGGGAGUCUAGAGGCUAUAUGUGGCCUAACGUAUUUAGUAUGAAGCGUAAAGGAAACAAUUGCCGUUUCAUUCCGAGUCCUUCCUUAUUGAACUAUCAUCCUUGGAACGUCCAUACUUUCCAAAAUAAUGCCACACAUUCUUAUGUGAUAAAUUUAAAUUCCUCCCUCAAACUUCACAGAAUGCCUUUAAAAUAUAAGGUAACAUUUUUCUAAACAUGCAAUGUUGUAUAAUUAUUUCUCUUUUUCCACCUUUUUGUAAUAUAUCCUUCUAAAGGCAUCAAAAGAAACCCAAUACAGUAUGGCAAAUGGUAAAUAUUACAUGAAAGACUAAUUUGAAUAAGAUACACUUCUAUAUAUCCACCUUCCAUGCUUUCACAUAUCAAUACGUGUUGAACGCAAUGGUCACUGCUUGUUUUUGGUGGUGUUUAUCUCACAAAGAUCUUUCUACCUCUCACUGUACAUGGCUAUGAUGAAGUUAUAAUAUCAAUAAUAAAGAGGUUUUAGUAAGGUAACCCAACUGCAUAAAGGAAUUUUUAUUCUAGUUAUUGGUCUCUUCACUGAGAUCAAAACUUAUUUCUUUAUCGUACUUAAUAGAAAAAUAAACUGUACAUAGGAACAUUUUUAUAUAGUCACCUAAUGGAUAUUUCUGUUGAGAAGAAUAAACUAUUUCAUCUCAAACUCCACUCAGUUCUUAAAUGAAAUUUAAUGUCAAUUUUUACACAAUUAAAAUGAAGUCUUUUUUAAUGAAGCAGACAGCCCAUAAAAUAAAAUGAAUAUUUUAAUAAUUCCUACCAGUAGUGAAUGGGAUUGAUUCCAACAACUACUCUGGAUUAUUCAUUAAAAAAAAAACACCCAAACUUUUUUUUUCCUCUUCAAUAGUGUGUUUCUUUUGCUUUUGUUUUUUGGCUGGGGGGGGGGGGGGAGGAGAGAGGGGGCAUAGAAGGCACUGUUUUACCCCAAUAAUGGGUUAUUUUGCUAUCACUAUUUUAUUUUACCAGUUUGGAAAUUUGUAAUUUUUGACUAUUUAGAAUUUGCUUAUCUUUCAGGGUUGCAUUUAGAAACAGAUUUUAUGCAUAAUCUCUGAAUGGAAACUAUAUCAUAUAUAUUCCGUAUAUAUGAAAGCAGUUCAAUUUACAUUAAGGAAGGUAUAAGAAAUGAUCCUGAAUGAGCAGUAGGCAAAAUAAACUGCUGAGUUAUUUAAAGUCUCUGUGGACAUUAUAUUCUGACAAUUUUAUUCCCCACACCAGAAUGAUCCCCUGGGCACUAAAAGAGAGUAGUUUAAUUUUUCACGUUGUUCACAUGCUGAGUGUCCAUGAAAUUCAUUCCAAUGUUAACAGGAGGAGGUGAGCCCCAAUUUAAAGACAUACAAAAAGCCAUUUCCAAUGAGCUAUUCUAAUAUUAGCUCAAACGGAAACAAUGGCUUCUGAUGACUACAAGAUUGAGAGAUCAGAGGGCUCAACACUUGGCCUAUAAUCUGGGCUCAGACCAGCAAUGGUUCCUCUAUGAAGUUUGAUCUCAGCAUUAAGUAUUUAAAACUUCUGAUUCUCACCUCAAAGUUUUUUUGGUACUUUUUUUUUACAUUCUAAAUAUUUAGUGGAAUCCAGUUGUAGCCUUAAGUAGGGAAAAUUUUGUAUAAUUGAAAGGAUGCAAUAGCUGCAAUGCAGCGAAGACUGGAUUUGUGCUUUCCUCUAUUAAGUUGUGGAUUACUUUUUCUUCAUCUGUUUUUUUUUUGUUAUUCCCAAAAUGAACUAUUUUAGUGAAUAGACAAGCUCACUGAGGGCAGAGGUGUCCGUUAUAUUGUUGUUUGGUACUCCCCCAAGCGCUCAGUACAGUACUCUGCACACAGUAAGCGCUCAAUAAAUUUGGUUAAAAGAAACCACUCGCACACUUUCAAUGACUUUUAGCUCCACAGUGCUAUUAACUUCUAAUUAAAAAAAAAUUAGGAAAUGUAAUUUGACUUUAUCCACUGCACUUAAUGCAUUCUAUGAUGCAGCUAGGUAAUAACUAAAUUUUUUACUUUAAUUAUACAACCACUGCCUAACAUUUAAUUAAAUGAAAUGCUGGUGACUUGUUUAUUGAAUUUUUAAAUUGAAACUAAUUUCCUUAAAGUUCAAAUAUUUUAACGAAUAUUGGAACCAGGCUGACCUAUUAAAAUAGAUUUCACUACUGAAAUUAGUCCAUGUUACAAUGGUACACCAGCUCUAGAACUAAGCUGUUAUAGUGGUAUAUCUUCAAAUUUGUAACAUUUGGAAGGAUAUGACACUGUAAAAUGAAUAGCGCUCCAAGUAAGAGCCCCAGUAAUUAACCAUAUUGCACUGAAGAUAAAGAUACAAUUGCUUAAUCUACUUUUCUCAUUAGCAUUUUUAAGUGAACAAAAUGCAUAUUGUAAUGUAAGGUACAUGACACUUGCAUGUUUAUAUGCCUAUAUACUUACAAAGUAUUCAAUGUGUACUUAGUGGCGCUUAAGAUAUGUCAUGUACAAUUCUUAUAAACAUUCUUACAGGGUUCCCAUUUGCACUUCAUCUUUCAGUAAAGUCUUGUCAGAAGAAAUGUCUGAUGAAUAUUAUUGAAAAAAUAAAAUCUGAAUUUUAGUUAUCUGUUGGACAUUACUGAAUUGUCUAUUCAUUUAGUAUACUUUAUGAUGCUUAAGACGUUCAAAGAUGGAAUUUUCCUUUUACUGUCCAAGUACUGUAUUUCUUACAUCACUAAAUCAUUUCAAAAACCUUUGAAUACAUUAUUUCAAGCAACCAAA